UCAUCACUUUAUCUUCCAGGAUUAUCACAUCGGAACAAAGCAGGCAGUGCAGCAGAAACCGCAUCGGAAAUGAGGAAUACACACUCUGAUAACCGAGAGACUUUUUCAACGAGUUAUUUAUAAGAACCUUCUUGCAAGGAGGAGUGGGAUUUAUUCAUAAAGCAUGGAUGAUCAUCUUAGAUCGGAUGACAAGAGUUUUUUACUAGAGCUUACAUAAGCUUUUGGAUGGAUUUGUCAUCAUUAGAAGAACUUACAGACUAAACACACCACCUGAGAGCUUCUGUCCACCAUGGGUAGGUUAACCAAGUGGAACCGGAAAAGAUGAUCCAGCAGAAUGAAUACACAGGAUGAACUGUUGUCGAGUUUACUGCACUUACUGUAGGCCUUAUGGGUGGUCGGAUACAUGCAUAAAAUUAAUCGUUUAGGGGGAAUUUAUCUGCUUGAUUUUUAGCAAAAAUAUAUUUGACAGUAUUUUAUAAAUCCAUGCAUCGUGCAGCUUGAUGUAAUGAAGAGGAUUGUGGCGCAAUGUUUGUGGUAUAGUCAGUCUUUCUACAUUAUUCUCCAGUGACCACGUUUGGUAACUUUGAAAUCAUUUAUAGUGCAAAAAAUAAAGAGCGCACGAGCGAAACCCCCCGAAGUUUGAGGUGGGCUUUUAUUAUGCGCGGCGGUGUCGCGACGUGUCCGAAAUGAAGGAAAAGUCCAAGAAUGCGGCCAAAACGAGACGCGAGAAAGAAAACGGAGAGUUUUAUGAGCUCGCCAAGCUCCUGCCUCUGCCGUCGGCCAUCACCUCACAGCUGGACAAGGCCUCCAUCAUCAGACUGACCUCCAGCUACCUGAAGAUGAGGUCCGUGUUUCCCGACGGUGUGGGGGAGGCUUGGGUCGAGGCGGCGCGCUGCAGUCCGCUUGACUCUGUGGCCAAAGAGCUCGGAGCGCACCUGCUGCAGACUCUGGACGGCUUUGUGUUUGUUGUCGCCUCAGACGGUAAAAUCAUGUACAUUUCUGAGACGGCCUCAGUUCACCUGGGUUUAUCGCAGGUUGAACUGACAGGUAACAGCAUAUUCGAGUACAUCCACCCGUCUGACCAUGAUGAGAUGACUGCAGUGCUGAGCGCUCACCAGCCACUUCACCCGCACUUUUUACCAGAGUACGAGAUAGAGCGAUCCUUCUUCCUUAGGAUGAAGUGUGUACUGGCCAAGAGGAACGCAGGACUGACAUGCGGUGGUUACAAGGUGAUUCACUGCAGUGGUUAUCUAAAGAUCCGGCAGUACGUGAUGGAAGUGUGUCUGUAUGAGUCGUGCUAUCAGAUUGUGGGUCUGGUGGCCGUGGGUCACUCCCUCCCCCCCAGCGGCAUCACAGAGAUCAAACUCCACAGCAACAUGUUCAUGUUCCGCGCCAGCCUGGACCUCAAGCUCAUCUUCCUGGACAGCAGAGUGGCUGAAUUGACUGGUUACGAGCCGCAGGACCUGAUAGAGAAAACCCUGUACCAGCACGUCCAUGGAUGUGACGUGUUCCACCUGAGAUAUGCACACCACUUACUACUGCUGAAAGGGCAGGUCACCACAAAGUAUUACCGCAUGUUGUCCAAGCAUGGCGGCUGGGUCUGGGUCCAGAGUUACGCCACCAUCGUGCACAACAGCCGCUCUUCUCGGCCGCACUGCAUCGUUAGCGUCAACUACGUUCUCACAGAUAUUGAAUAUAAAGACUUGCAGUUGUCUCAGGAGCAACUCAGGGCCAGACCAGUCCUGUCCUAUAAGAGCUCCCACUCCCCCCCACAGGACUUGCGCAAGCAGUUGAAAGCCAAAACAUCGAGAGUCAAAACCAAACUCAAAACGUCCCCGUACCCACAGCUCUCCAUGCCCUCUGAUAAGCUGGAAUCCCCUUCAGGAGGGAGUUGGAAGUCGAGUCCUCCAUGCAGCCUCUCGGCCAACCAGGAAAAAAGUCCCGUCUCACUGUCCAACCCCGAGCCGGCAGAGAUGCCUCCUUAUAAUCUGCCACUGCCGUAUUCGUGUGCACAUGCUCACACGCGCUUCCAUGAGGACUGCAGGAAGCUGCGGCCAGUGACGAGUUCCCCCGAGCAGGAUGAGUGUCAGCUCCUCUCAGCCCCAGUGGUCCACAGAGACGAACACUGGGGCAUCACAGGCUCCCCCAAACACCCUUUAAAUCCACGCACACUCAGCACCAAACCUUCUCUACACAACGGCAGCCCCAUCACCUCAUCAUAUGGCAACAGUUAUGCAGAUUGUGGUACGGUGGCCAGGAGGUUUCCCAUUGAAUCUCUCCAUGAGAACUUCAGCAGCUGUUUGUCUUCCUCGAGACCUAGCAGCCGCUUCAAAGAAGAGCCAUACGAACAUCUCUGCAUCAGCCAGAACAGACCACAGAGCCAUCUACACAAUCCUAUACAAGAAAGUGCUGAAGCCAGGAAACACAGUAAAGACUCGGUAGAGAGGCCCGAGAUGACUGCGCCGUGCCGGCUGUUGAGUAAGAACGUCUAUGAUCAGCCACGUGUAUGCCAGAGCUUUAGCCAGAACCUUCCCAUGCAAAUGGUGUUGCAACAGAAACGUAGGUUGCACAUGACUGAGACACCAUACAACCCCCAGGGGCAGCAGCAAUCGGCUCGUGGGCACUGCGAAGCCACCAGGGGUGAGGAGAGGACAGCUCUAAAGGGACAAGCUCCGUACGUCUCUCUGAACCUUCACCACGUUCUGGCUAAGCACAGCUCCUUCCCAGCUGUCCCAUAUUCACUCGGGCACCUGACGGACGGCUAUAGCUACCGAGGAGAGGAACUCAAUCCUUAUUUGUACAGGGGCCAGAGCUCGGCCUCCCACCCUUCCCCCGAGAACCAUGGCCAAAUCCCGCAAUACAUCGGCACCUCGGUCAUCAUCAGCAAUGAGAGGUGACAUGUUCAGGGUCAAAUGUCAGGGGUCAGACAGCAAGGACGCUAAAACUCUUGUGCCAGCAGGUUGCAAACGAACACAGAUUCAGACACAGCUGCACUCGUGCAAGCCAAUGCAUGAAGCAACACAUUAAUUCAGGUACUGAAUAUAUUCUAUUUUUUUGCAAACCGCAAAGCCAGUAACUAGUGCGAUAUUGAGACAACAGAGCUAGUGAUGCUUGUGAUCGUGAAAGCUGAGAACUGGAAUAUUACCUGGGAUUUUCAACUGGGAUUUCUUUUUUUUUUAAAUCUCCUCCUGGUUGCUCAACAAACAUGCAACUAAAUAUGCAAGAGCAUAAUCGCUCAGUGUGAACUGAAAACUAAUCUAAUUGUAGGUUUGAUUUGAACUAAAAAUGAGCAAAAUCCCGCUAUUUAAAUCAACGGCAAGAAUUCUAAUUUUUCAUAGUUUGCACAUGGCAUGAUGGGUAUAAUAUGUGAACCGUAAAGCUUUUUUCACCCCCUUUUUUUCCAAUAUGCUCAUUGGCUCAUGAACAGAAGAUAUAAACAAUUUCUUAGAUCCUGCUUCAAGUUCUGUGUUGCCUAACAACCGAUAAUCCACACUGAAAGUUAAAUAACAGUAAACUAUGACCAUGAAGGUGCAGAAAAUACCAGUUCUGC